CUGAUUGGUAUCGUCGCUGGAAGUAUUACAGUGCACGCCUCACGCACCCCGCCACCCUCUUUCUUAUUCUAUUCAUUUCCGUUUUUUACGAAGCAAAAUGCAUUGCCAGUCACAAAAUAUAUGGAGAGUGGACGAUUUCACGGUACCCAAGCCGUCGAGAUUUGAUUUUUAUCGUGCGCUUGAGAAGCAGCUCCAGUAAAUUAGCGUAUGACUCGAGAGGGUCACACAAGGAAGUAAAAGUCGGUGAAGUACGGAGUACUACCGCUCUGUCCGUAUUUGGAAGGCCGUCGGUGUCCGACCCAGCAUUGGCCGUGACAGUGAUAUUGUGGUUGCUGAUGCCGAGCGCGCUGGGUGGGAUGUCAUAUGGGCGGGCCUCCGGCGGGUGGAGGAGGAGGGAGAGAGAACCCGCCUUUCUGAGAAAAUGCCUAAUCGAUGUCCCGAGUUGCGGGCUCGCUGCGAAUAUGAUCUCAAACUCUGAUUGGCCAAUGGAUUGCGC